CAACCUCAUCUUUUUAAAAUCGUUAUACAAGUGAACAAUGUUCUACAAGAUUAUAUGACAAUUAGAAUAAUGGUUAAAGAAUUGAAUUCAUCAGUUCCUAAUUGUCUUAAAGUUUUAUGAUCAAAUGAUAGUUUUCAUACUUUACUUAAAAAGUUAGGAUGCCCAACCAGAUCGAUGUGAAUGCACUAACAGGCCUGAAAGACUAUAAUGUUGUGUUGUUUCACUGGCAGCUUGUGUCUCUCUGACUCUCUCGGUUCAAGGGGCGAGGGGCCAAGGCAGCAAAAGUUAUAAAGUUAUAAUAGCUCUACUUCUCACACAGUUCUUAUGCUUGCAUGUUUUUUACAUAGAUAUUUUGUUGGAAUUUUGGUUCAGCACUUGCCAAGAGAACGGUUAUGGUGCCUGAAAGUACUAGGCUGCACUUGGUCAUGACUGUCUGGCAGUUUGCUUAUGCAGGGAACCAUAUCAUCUUGAGAGCUGCACUUAAUAUGGGUGUAAGCAAGCUAGUUUUCCCUCUUUAUAGGAAUAUCAUCGCGCUGUUUGCACUAGCUCCCUUUGCAUAUUUUCUAGAGAAGAAAGACAGGCCACCAUUAACUACUAAGUUUUUGGUACAAUUCUUUCUCCUCGGAUUUGUUGGGAUAACAUGUAAUCAGGGAUUGUAUCUUUUGGGUUUGGACAAUACUUCACCAACCUUUGCCUCUGCCACAGAGAAUAUUGUUCCUGCUGUUACCUUUCUCAUGGCCGUAGUACUCAGAAUUGAGCAAGUGCACUUGAACAGAAAAGAUGGUAUUGCUAAGGUAGUCGGAACUCUUGCUUCUGUUGCUGGAGCUUCAGUCAUUACCCUUUAUAAGGGGCCAACCAUUUAUGCACCAAAUUCAUCACAUUUACACCAAUCACAUUUUUUGGUCUCAUUAGGAGAUGCCAAGGGGAAGAAUUGGACCUUGGGUUGCAUCUAUCUCAUUGUUCACUGCCUAUGUUGGUCUGGUUGGGCUAUAGUACAGGCACCCGUCUUUCAGAAAUACCCAGCUCGGCUUUCAGUCACCUCGUAUUCUUGUUUCUUUAGUACUUUGCAGUUUCUGGUAAUUGCAGCAAGUUAUGAAAGAGACUUGCAAGCCUGGCAGGUUCACUCUGAUGGUGAGCUCUUCAGUAUUUUUUAUAUGGGAGUGGUAGCUUCAGCAUUGUCGUUUGCAGCACAAACAUGGGUUAUUGACCGGGCUGGACCGGUAUUUGUUUCAGUGUAUCUACCUGUACAGACCUUACUUGUAGCUGUAAUGGCCUCUGUUGUUUUAGGUGAAGAGUUCUACUUGGGAGGGGUUAUUGGAGCAGUGUUGAUUGUGGUUGGACUAUAUCUUGUCGUGUGGGGUAAAAAUGAAGAGAGCAAGUUUGCUAAAGAAAAUUUGGCAAUUCCCUCAAUGUCUAAGAGAACAUCUUCUAGCAAAUCUCCUCUCAUCCAACCAUUACUUUGUUGUCAGUGUGAAAACGGUGAUCACUAGAAGCCACUACAAUCUACAUCCAAAAGUUGUACCACGCCAACAUUUUCAAUUGUUGAGGCCAAACCUCCCUUUUUUUUUUUCUAAAAAAAAAAAAAACACACACACACAAACAAGGGAGAGGGAAAUGGGUAAUUGGUGAGGCCAAACCUGUCUUUUGAAAAGUCUUGAUUUUUUUUCCUCUGUUGAGAAUCCUCAAAAUAAUUCGAUAACCAUAAUUUAGUGAGAAUUUUCCCCAAUUCUAUACAAUGGUAUGUUUCUUUUCUUUUUUUGGUUACCACCAAAUAAAAUCAUAUCCAGGAGAGCCUUGUAAAACAUAUUGUCGCCAUGUUUGCUAGUCCCUGAACUUCUUGGAACACUGGUUGAGGAGCAACUUGGAUGUGAAUGUGCGUAAUCAUCUUUUUUAAUGUUGCCAUGAUGUGAACAUUCUCCAAGCUAGCUAGUAAAGUGAUGUGUCUGAAUUAGCUUCACUCCUUGAUUUGAUUUUAUAAAAAGGAUUAUCUCUCUGAAACCUUGCAUCCAUGCCUCAUAUAAUGCUUCUCUGAUUAUGGAUAA